UUAAUUUUGUUGGUGGACCUGCCUCUAUACGAGGAGCAGGUUGAGCAUUUUUAGCGGAAAAUACAUUAGCUACGGCAGGUUUCAGUGAUUUAUGGUUUCAUAUCUGUGAAACAAAAUAACUAAACGUGGCGAAAGCAUCUGGCAGUAGCUUGUGCUUUAUUUAACACAUCAUGGAAAUAACAAUUGAUCACAUUCGCAAUAAACUGACAACGGAAAUUGGAGCCGUACAUGUGGAAGUGGAAGAUACAUCUCCCAACAGAUGUGCGGCUAGUUUCAAGGUGCUAGUGGUGUCACCACAGUUUGAAGGCAAACCACUGCUACACAGACACAGGAUGGUGAACUCCUGCUUGGCGAAGGAGCUGGAGGUGAUUCAUGCCUUUGAGCAGAAGACGCUUACACCAGAGCAGUGGGAGAAACUGAAAGCACAGUGACCUCUCGUAUACGCAUGCACCCGCACGAACAGUGUUUUCCUUCAUUUUCAUGGGUUGAAGUGAGGGAAAGGAGGGUGUUCUGGAAUUCACAAGGCUUCCUGAACACAUCUGCAUCCUGAAACUAUUAAUCAGAUUUAUGCAGUUAGCCAAUGUUCUGACUGACAGAUCAAGUGUAUCAUAGUGUUGGAAAUUUUAUUUGCUAUUUCAUUUUUUAUUUUUGCGCCUGUGAUUCAUAAAGCAAAAACUGGCUCUAAUAAAAUCAAAUAGAACUCCU